UCAAACAACAAACUACUUGAAAUAAAAAUCCCGCUAAAAAUCUUAAAUCGGCCGACAUAAAUCACCUUCAUUUCGUAAACGUAAAAGAAUAAAUAAAAUUUUGGCUAAAAAAAAAAGAAAUUAUUCUUAAUAAACAGUGAUUAGAUAAUUCAAUUAUUAUUAUUAUUAAUUAAAAGUAAACAUGUGGCUUGAUGAUUAUGAUAACGCAGGUGGUCAAGGUGGAGGUGGUUUUGAUGCAAAUACUACAGUACAGGGUGGAACCAAACAAACGAAUCGAUCACGUCAAUUAAUGCCUAUGUUUAUAAAACAUAUGCAUUUAUUAUCAGAAGAUUUAACAUUUUUUGGUCAAACGAUACAAAUGGUUGAAUUAUACGGGGUGUUACGAUCACAAACAGUUUCAUCCACUAAAGUCAUCUAUGAAUUAGAAGAUUUCAGUGAUAAAAUCAUUUGUCAUUUGUGGCUAGAUCAUGAUCCUGAUCAAGCUCCAACGAUACCAAAUUUAAUGUUAAAUGCAUAUUGUCGAGUUGUUGGAACACUUAAAAGUUUAGCAGAAGGACGUCGAGUUAUGAUUUUGAAAAUAGAAAAUAUGAAUCAUCCAAAUGAAUUGGUCACCUUUAUGCUAUCAGCUAUUUGUGCAAGAUAUGAAAUCGAAAAAAUGUUCAAAGAAGAGGCGAAUGGUGGUACAAUGAAUAUAACAACAGGUGCAGGUGGAGUUGCAGGUACGAACAAUGAUUUAGAUGAUGCAAACAAUAUGAUUGGCACACCAUUCCAAUAUAAAGUUUAUAAGGCAAUUGGAAAGUGUAAUGGAGAACCACAUGGUGGAACUAUCAAACAAAUCCAAGACAUUGUGAAAUGUACAAAAGCUGAAUUAAUGGAUACACUUGAAUUCCUGACAAAUGAAGGUCAUGUUUAUACGACCAUUGAUGAUGACCAUUAUAAAGUUGCAGCGUAAACUACAAUUUGUUGUUUUUUUUUGUUUCUUUAAAAUAUAUUUCAUCGUAUUUUUAUUAAUUUUAUAUUCUAAGUAUGUUCAAUCCAAUUACCUGAUUUUCUUACAGGAAAAAGAAUUCUCAUAAACCUUAUAGUCUAGGUCUUUAGGUGAUAAAAGAAUAUAGUGUGUAAAUAAAUAUGCCAAAAUUUUUUAAGUGUAGAUCCCUUGCCUCGGGAAUGGAACAGUGAACCCCCUUCCCCUGUGCAAGGGUUGGGAAUACGCUAUACUAAUCGAAAUAUUCGACUUUUUCAAAGUGUUGACAAUCUAAGUCUGAAUGUUUC